UUUUAAAGAUGCUGAUUAGAUGAAUGCAUUUCUUCUUAUGUUCAUUCUCCAUUGCAGUUUCUCUGCCUGCCUGCAUUUUCCUUAGUGUGUGGCAAGUACUUAUGAGGGUAUCUUUCCUUUGCAGGUUUGAUACAUCUUUGAGCAUUUUACUUCUUGCAUACAAUACUUGGGUUCAGAUGCAGGGAUAAAGCAUAGUCUUAGCUCUUUAAAGCACCUUAAUCAACUCCCUUGGCUGUUCCAUUCUCUCUUCUUUGACCACUUCAUGCUCAGUGAAGGCACUUAAGAUUGGCUGGAGCAUUUGCCUCACUAUUGGAUUGAUGCUGCUGCUGGUAAUUGGUACUUCUCUGGACAUCUAAAGGAUCUGGAGGAAAACUUGCACAGAGUGAUGGGCAGUGCUGGCCAAGGUCUGGUUGCUCUGCCUCACAGUCGGGUCACCCUUCAGGAUCCUGUACUCUUUUCUGGCCUGGAGAAGCUCCCUCUUGCUCGGGAUCCUGACAGCUGGCGGCCCCUUGACAGCCCAAGCCCCCCUGCUACACCUGAGCAACUCCUUCCCACCUAUUGCCUGCAGUACUUUAAUAUGCUCUACCCAGAUGACAGCAAUUGGGUCCCAAAGAGUUUGGGUGAAACUCAACAACACAACAACCAAGGAAGCAGGACGGAAGUGCAUAAGGAACCUGAGCAGUGUCCCAUCAUUGACAGUCAAGGAUUGAGCCUCACCUCUGAGAUGGAUUAUCAGGCCAGUCUUCACCUUGAGGAGCACUCUCUGGAACAGGUGCAAACAAUGGUAGUGGGUGAAGUGCUCAAGGACAUUGAAACAGCUUGUAAACUGCUCAACAUUGCCGCAGACCCUGCAGACUGGAGUCCAGGAAAUGUUCAGAAGUGGAUCUUAUGGACAGAACACCAAUAUCGAUUGCCCCAGAUUGGAAAAUCAUUCCAAGACUUGUCUGGGAAGGAGCUAUGUGACAUGACUGAAGAAGCAUUCCGUCAACGUUCUCCAUCAUGUGGUGAUGUUUUACAUGCUCAUCUGGACAUUUGGAAGUCAGCUGCCUGGAUGAAAGAAAAAACUGCUCCUGGGGAGCUGCAUUACUGUGGGAAUGAUGAGAACUGGACAGACAGCGAGGUAGAUUCAUCCUGCUCAGGCCAGCCCAUUCACCUAUGGCAGUUUUUGAAAGAGCUUCUGCUGAAGCCUCAUAACUAUGGUCGCUUCAUUCGUUGGCUCAAUAAGGAAAAAGGUAUAUUUAAGAUUGAAGAUUCUGCCCAGGUGGCUCGGCUAUGGGGAAUCCGGAAGAACCGGCCUGCCAUGAACUACGACAAGCUGAGCCGCUCAAUUCGGCAGUAUUAUAAGAAAGGGAUCAUCAGGAAACCAGAUAUCUCACAAAGGCUGGUCUACCAAUUUGUACACCCUGUCUGAAAAGCAGAGCAAAGAGAACAAAUUCAGAGUAACUGAUUCCUUUCUGGGCUGGAGGACUUCUGGGAACAGCAUCCUUUAUCCUCUGCAAUGUUGAUGGAGCUAAAAGCAACUAUUGACAAAGACAGUUGGAUUUGGCUGGUGAACUGUAGAGAUUCCUGUGUCUGGGAAACAGGAAACAAAUAAAUUGUGUCUGGGAAACAGGAAACAAAUAAACAUUUACUGUUUAAGUAAAAUG